GCGCGUGUGUGUGUGUGCGUGCGUGUGUGUGUGUGUGUGUGCUGGGGGGGCAGCAACCCCUCGUUUAGAAUUACAUAGCUCUCCUCCCCUAAUGCCCACUGGUUAAAUAGUCCAACCUGAAGGUUUACUGAAGAGUCUGUGGGACGGUCCAGCACAGGACACAGACAAACCCUGACAUCCAGCGAAAGGCAACAUGGGGAUUGUAUCCAAAGCAGAGCCGUCAAACGGUCACAACCAGCCGCUGGAUAUUGUCCCGCAGGUGGAGGGAAAGAUAAAGGAGAGAGGCCAGUGGAACAACAAGGUGGAGUUUGUUCUCUCGGUGGCAGGGGAAAUCAUUGGCCUAGGAAACGUGUGGAGGUUCCCGUACCUGUGCUACAAGAAUGGGGGAGGUGCAUUCUUCAUUCCCUACCUCAUCUUCCUCUUCACCUGCGGGAUUCCUGUGUUUUUCUUGGAGACGUCCUUGGGCCAGUACACCAGUGAGGGGGGUGUCACCUGUUGGAGGAAGAUCAGCCCGCUCUUCGAAGGUGUUGGUUAUGCAACCCAAGUCAUAGUGGCACUUCUGAAUUUCUACUACAUUAUUGUUCUGGCCUGGGGGAUUUUCUACCUCUCUUAUUCUUUCUCUUGGGAACUGCCCUGGUCCUCCUGCAAUAACACCUGGAAUACACCAUCCUGUGUGGAGUUUCAACGGGGACAAGAUUUGGUCAACUUCAGCAGCCCUGAGAACGCCACCUCCCCCGUCAUCGAGUUCUGGGAGAGGAGAGUCCUGAGGAUCUCCUCGGGCAUCGACCACAUCGGGGUGCUGCACUGGGACCUGGCGCUCUGUCUGCUCUUGGCCUGGUUCCUCUGCUACUUCUGCAUCUGGAAGGGUGUGAAGUCCACUGGAAAGGUGGUGUACUUCACGGCCACCUUCCCCUACAUCAUGCUGCUGAUCCUGCUCAUCCGAGGCGUGACUCUGCCUGGGGCCUCCAGGGGCAUCCAGUUCUACUUGUACCCGGACCUCGGCCGGCUAGCAGACCCACAGGUAUGGAUGGAUGCAGGAACUCAGAUUUUCUUCUCCUACGCCAUCUGCCUGGGCUGCCUCACAGCUCUGGGGAGUUACAACAAAUACAACAACAACUGCUACAGAGACUGCCUGGCUCUUUGCUUCCUAAACAGUGGGACUAGCUUCGUCGCCGGCUUCGCCAUCUUCUCCGUCCUGGGAUUCAUGUCUUACGAGCAGAACGUGCCCAUUUCGGAGGUGGCCGAGUCGGGUCCUGGACUGGCUUUCAUUGCAUACCCCCGGGCAGUCUCCAUGAUGCCAAUCUCACCGCUGUGGGCCUGCUUCUUCUUCAUCAUGAUCAUCUUAUUGGGGCUGGACAGCCAGUUUGUCUGCGUGGAGAGCCUGGUGACAGCCAUGGUAGACAUGUACCCUUCUCUCUUCCGCCGCAAGAACCGUCGGGAGCUCUUCAUCCUGGCUGUGGUGGUGGUCUCCUACCUGAUGGGCCUCAUCAUGCUCACGGAGGGCGGAAUGUACGUCUUCCAGCUCUUUGACUACUAUGCCGCCAGCGGAAUGUGCCUUCUCUUUGUGGCUAUUUUUGAGACGGUUUGCAUCGCCUGGGUUUACGGAGCUGACCGUUUCUAUGAUAACAUUGAAGAUAUGAUAGGAUAUCGGCCAAAUCGUGUCAUUAAAUAUUGCUGGAUGUUUUUCACACCUGCUACCUGCUUUGGCACCUUUGCUUUCUCACUCAUCAAGUACACGCCGCUGAAGUACAACAACGAGUAUGUGUACCCGCAGUGGGGGUAUGCACUGGGCUGGAUGCUGGCUCUGUCCUCCAUGAUUUGCAUCCCUCUGUGGAUUGUCUACAAACUGUGCACCACCAAGGGCACUCUGAGAGAGCGCCUUGCAUACCUCACCAAACCAUCUACAGACUUGCCUCGGACCAAGCGGGAGCAGGAGAAGCUGCUGGCUGCCUACAGCCCUGAUGAUGAUGCUUCUCACCGGUCAGCGCAGCUCACCAAAGACGGCUACCUCCCUGUACAAGACAAAGAGUCGCACUGCUAGGCAUCCCAGCCACCCCAUCACUUCCAUCCCCCUGCAAGCCUCUCAAUACCUCAUAGACCGCAGCCAAAUAAACAACAAGUGUAGAGAGACAGAUUCAGGGCUGCUCUGCACUGGCAGUGCCAGGAGCUGGUACGAGGCUUCCGCCUUGAUGAAGGACAGGUACCGUUACCAUAGUACCAUAGUAAUCUCUGACCUUCACGUGUUUCUGGGAGCCGUUUGCUGCUCCGGCACCCACUCCGUUUGGACUGCACUUGUUGCAUCUAUGGUGCUGUUUGGCAGGGACUGAUUUGUUGGAUGAACAGGUAGCUUUUCUUUGUCCAGCUGCAGAACCCCGAAUCUAACUUAGUCACAUAGUGAUGGUGGUUUUUUUGUGGUAUUUCUAGUGACCACAUCUGCUUUCUGAGGAAGCUUGUUUCUCCACUACAGGAACAUUACAGAUGUUCUUUACAAGUAUUACAAGUGUCAGUACCAAUGUUUAACAACAGCUGCAAACAAAGUAGAGAACUACAAUUUAACACGGUAUAACAAUAGCAUUAUGGCACUGUUUUACGGUGGGUUGUUAACUUUAGGACUGAACGUGUACAGAUGUGUACAGAUGUGUGCGCAUGCUCUCAAACAAAACAGGCAUAGAGACAUACCUAGAUACACACAUUCGUUCAUUUACAUGGAAACAUGGUGUCAGACACAUACACACACACACUCACUGCAGCAGACAUGCAUAUAAAUACACAAACACACACACACACACUCAUAUAUAGACAUACACACAUAUAUAUAUAGAUACACACGCUCCACGCUCUUUGAAACUGAGCCAGAUACAGACACGCAGAUAUACACACACUUUCUCUCAAAUAGUCACAUGCGGCGAUGAAACAAACACUCUGAAAUGAUCAAGGUAAUACUGCUGUGCAGGGAAAAUGUAUUGAAUCCAGUGAAAGUGAGUUUAUCUCAGUAUUGGUGAAGUAUUACUGUGACUUGAUCAGUGUUUUCAAUGUGCACAACUGUUGUUGUAAGUAGUUCUUUCUUUUUAUUUUUUAUUUUUUUUUAAAAAAAAAAAAAAAAACAUUAAAUUGUUGCUGGCUGAAGACCCGAAUGUACUGUAACCAAUCUACCACUGUGCUUUUUCUCCAGCCCUUACUAUGAAACGUUUCUUGUUAUUUGCUACAUUCAUUCUUACUGGGAGCACAUAGUUGUAAUGACUGAAUAGUACGAUAAAAGUUUCGUAUAAAAUUAUUAAUAAUUAAAAUGUCUUAUUUUUGUUGAUAUGAAUUAUUGGAUUUUUUUCUUUUGUCGUGUUUACUUAAUUCUCUCAACAAUUUGUUUAAUUUCAGCUAGACUGUAUUGUUACAGUGAGUAAAAUGCAUGUGUACAUGAAUUCUGAGGGCAAAACUGCUUUUUCAUACUGUUUUUAUAUUGAUGGUGAAGCAAUGUAACUAUCCUUUCAAUAUGUCAUUUAAUCAGUUGGCUGUGGAGGUUGUCUUAAAUAGGCUAUAGGCCUACAGAUCAUAUUAUCGACUAUUAAAAAUUCAUAUUCUCACUGUCAUA